AACUUUAAGAUCAUUUUUUUCACUCUACUGUGUAUGAGCUGCCCGCACCCCAAAGAAAGAAGACAGAAGAAAAAGAAGAUUUCUGUGGAUAAGCAUCUAUAGAAAUUCCCCCAUUUGGUACAGUUUUCUGCUAACACGAGCAUCAACCCAGGGUAUCAGGUCUCUAUAUUGCUGCAAGGAAAUAAAGCUACAGGCAUGCUACUGAGAUAUCACAUGUGCGCACACGCACGAAACGCACCAGGCAACUUGAUUUUAAAUGGAAGAAUAAAGAUCGUGUUUUAGCAGACUCCAUCUUCCGGUGUGCUUAAAGUUCCUUCUACAGCUUGUUAUCUUCCUUUCAGCUACGGGUUUGGGGCCUUGAGCACCCAGACCACUCCUGGACCCAGAUGCUGAUGGCUCGGGCCCAGUUUUCACAGAAAUAAACAGAGAGAAGUUAUUACAAACGGGACGAAAGAUUCUUUACUUGAAAAAGCACUGUAGAAUAGAUAUAUAGAAUAUAAUUUGUGACUUCAUUGGGCCAAGAAGAAAUCAUCUAAGCUGCAUUAUAGUUCGUUUUGAGCUGUUGCUGUUAAAAAAUAUAACUUGAACUGAAGGCUCCUGUUUCAGUGCCACUUCCCUCACUGUGGGACUUGCGUCUCCGUUGUGCGUCCCAAAGCCACAACGUCAUCACUUUGCGACCGUGCGUCGCUUUGGAAACAGGAACCGGGGGGAGAAGGGGGUGAGUUCCUGCUUGUCAGGAGAAGGUAACACUUAUGUUUCCAAGCAGGUAAUGGCUUUUACAACGGCUUUUUAAAAUGUACUUUAUUUAAUGUGAUUUUUAUCAUGAGGAAGAGGAGGAAGGUUGGUGCAAAACUUCUGCUUCCCGAACUGCAGAGCCGAAGGGAACCCCCGAAAGAUGUUGUCACUGAGCAGCAAGAUAAAGAGAAUAAUGUCAGAGACAGACCCACUGUGGUACCGCCGUCAGAUGAAAGGAAACGCUUUCAGUCUCUAACAUAUAAUAAAAACCUGUUGAAAUAUUUGAACGAUGAUCGCCAGCGACAAGCUUCUUUCUGUGACCUUGUUGUUACAGUGGAGGGGAGGGAGUUCAGAGUGCACAAAGUGGUAGUGGCUGUGGGCUGCAGUUACUUCCAUGCCUGCCUAAGUAAAAACCCUCAGACAGAAGCUGUGGCUUUAGAUCAUGUGAGCAGUUCUGUGUUUCAGCAGUUGCUGGAUUUUCUCUAUACUUCAGAGCUUCUGGUGUGGGAACAUGAGCUGAGCCUUGUUCUAGAGGCAGCAAAGUUCCUGGACAUCAUAGAUGCUGUGCAGCUGUUGGAAAACGAAAGGGUUAAUGUAUCUGCUGGGGUCAGAGAAACUCCCGAUGUAGCAAAUGACACUAAUAGUAAACUGGAAACCAGUCAUAAAUGUCCACUUUGCCGAAAGGUGUUCUGCUAUAAAAAGACCCUGGAAAAUCAUAUGGGCAAAGCACAUGCGGAAAGAGACCCAGGGGACAUUCUUGAGGAUUCUGACCAUUCAACCAGAAAAUCAACUCGAAGAAGGAAGUGUCCUGUAAAAUUUGAGAAUGGGGGGGAGUUAGAAAGUGACGGCAUCUCAAGUAGUGAAUCUUCUAAAAGCAGCAUGGAAAGAGCAGACUCUGGAGAUUCUGGCAAUGAGAUAAAUGAAGAGACAAGUGGAUUAGAGGAUAAUGUGCAGGGAGAUGAUGGGGAGGAGACACUUGUACCUAAUAAUGAACAAAGUGAAGGCGAACCAGAGGAAAUGGAAGAAAGGAACGAGUUUUCGGGAGCAUUGGCCAACUACCCAGAUGGACUUAAUCCAGUUUUAUUGCAUAAGGAUGGCAAAAAGGUCCUAAGAUGUCCUAAAUGUGACAAAGUCUUUGAUCGAGUAGGAAAGUAUGAGAGCCACACACGUGUUCACACAGGAGAGAAGCCCUUUGAAUGUGAUAUAUGUCACCAGAGAUACUCCACCAAAUCUAACCUUACAGUUCACAGGAAGCGGCACAAUAACGAGACUGAAAUUCAUAGGAAAAAAAAGCAUAAAUGUCCAUUUUGCAACAAGCCUCAUGCAAGCAGAAAGACUCUUUCUAAACAUGUAAAAAGAUUUCAUCCAGAGAAUGCGCAAGAGUUUCUCUCUCUUAAGCGGAUCAAAAAUGAUGGAUGGAAAUGUGAUGUGUGCAAUAAAUCAUUUACUCGAAGGCCACAUUUGGAGGAACACAUGAUUCUGCACUCUCAGGACAAGCCUUUUAAAUGCACCUACUGUGAAGAGCACUUUAAAUCUCGCUUUACAAGGCUGAAGCACCAAGAGAAAUUUCAUUUAGGUCCCUUCCCGUGUAAUAUCUGUGGCCGUCACUUCAAUGACACAGGGAAUAUGAAGCGCCACAUAGAGUACACACAUGGAGGAAAGAGGAAGUGGACUUGCUUCAUCUGUGGAAAAUCGGUAAGGGAAAGAACAACACUCAAAGAACACUUGAGGAUUCACAGUGGGGAAAAGCCUCAUCUUUGCAGUAUCUGUGGGCAGAGUUUUCGUCAUGGCAGUUCUUACAGGCUCCACCUUCGUGUCCAUCAUGAUGACAAGAGAUAUGAAUGUGAGGAGUGUGGGAAGACUUUCAUUCGCCAUGAUCAUCUCACAAAACACAAGAAGAUACACUCUGGUGAGAAAGCCCAUCAGUGUGAGGAAUGUGGGAAAUGUUUUGGACGUCGAGACCACUUGACUGUACAUUAUAAAAGCGUACAUCUUGGUGAGAAGGUCUGGCAAAAGUACAAAGCCACAUUUCAUCAAUGUGAAGUAUGCAAAAAAGUUUUUAAGGGAAAAUCAAGCCUGGAAAUGCAUUUCCGGACGCAUUCUGGGGAAAAGCCAUACAAGUGUCAUAUCUGCAACCAGUCAUUCCGCAUCAAGAAAACACUCACCAAGCAUCUAGUUAUUCAUUCAGAUGCCCGUCCCUUUAACUGCCAGCACUGUAACGCCACCUUUAAACGCAAAGACAAACUCAAAUACCACAUUGAUCAUGUUCAUGGUUCCAAGGUAGCAGAAGAAGAGAUGGGAGCAGAUGAAGAGCCAAAAAGUUUUCCGGUAGUCUCAGAGAACACAAGUGCAGAUAUCUGUGUGCCCCUUACUUUGGUGCCCAUUGAAAUGGCAGAGAGUGAAGCAGAUUUAGGGCGUCAUACAGGUUCAUCUGCAUUACCAUCAGCAGCAGAAUAUCAACCUUCUGACUUGGCCUUUUUAGAAAAAUACACGCUAACGCCACAGCCAGCCACCCUUUUGCAUCCAGUGCGGCCAGAUCAAAUCUUGGAGAGCAGAGAACAUUCUUAUCUUGGAACACUGCUUGGGCUGGACCCUCAACCCCCUGUACAGAGUGUCACAAGAGAACAUCAUUAAUUGUGACCCAGACAUUCCACACAGUUAAACGUACUUUGGUAUAAAGGGCUAAGGACUGGCACCACCCUUUACAGAGAUGCAUUGCUGCUGUUCGUGAAACUGACAUAUGGGGUUAAGGGCAGGUACCAACCUCUAAGAAAACAAAAUACAGUCUCAUAAUUGUGUAUGUCUAUGUUUUCCAUAAUGUUCUUCUUAAGUACUUUACCCCUACUCCUAAUAAUGUUUUGUUAAGUACUUUACCUCCUAGUCUCAAUGUGCUGAAUGAUGGUGUUUUGUUGAUAUUCACCUCUAGUGCCAAUAAGGCAAUACCAUUGCCAUACAGCUGGAGUGAUUCAGUUCAUUUCUCAAUAGAGCCUACUUUGUCUACCCAUGGCUAAUACAAUAGUCACUCAUGUAACUGUACAUUUGUAUGUCAGCGUCUUGCACUGAGCUGUAAUCCACCUUUAUAAACCCAGGUUUGAAAUUUAAAGGAAAUGAAAAACUUAAAUCAAAGUGAUACUGUUGUCCUAUAACUACACCCCUCCUUUUUUUUAAUGCUAUUUAUUUUUUUCAUACAAGCUUUAACAUUACCAAGAUGUUUCCUGCCUCUUGUAGUUCAUAUAUUUAUGUAUUUUAAAAGUUUAGGGGUUUGAUUUUUCUGACUUAGCACGUCUCUUUCACUCACAGCUAAAUUAGAGUGAAUGGAAAUAAUGUCUCAGAUUAAACAUAUUCUAAGUAAACAUUUUAUUCUGACAGCAGUAUCCCUUUAAACAAUAAUAGAAGUUAAGGUGUAACAAAAAGCUGUACAAUCUAAGGGUGAAGUCACACAGAGCUAGUUAGUAGCAGCUAUUUGUCACAGCUACUAAAUACCAGAAAAUACCCUGCCAUAGACAAUGCUGAGAAUUGCCUCUGCUAUAACACACGUAGAGACAAUUAUCAGUAAAUGAUCAGCAUUGUGUAUUUCUGUAGCCACAACAAGUAGCUGUGUGUGUCUUCACGGCUAUCGUAGAACAACAGUUCAAGCCUCUGUUUACAGAUGGUGAUUCAUGGUGGGGAAUGUUUGGGGUUGCAGCUGUACAACAUCUUUCGGCACUUUGUGUUAAUUUUUAGGGGGCUGUUUGUAAAGACCCAAGAUUGUGUUAUUAAAAGAAGUCCAAGGAACAUUUUUUAUGCAAUGUCUGUGUCUUAUGGUGGCUCGGGGUAAAUAUAUAUACACAAAUAUUAGUGUAUGUUACAUAAUGCUCUGUGUGUGUAAGCUUCUUGUACAUUGCACUGCCUGUCUGUGAGGCAACUUAAAUACUACUACAGACAGAAUACACUUGUUAGUAGACAAAUAGGUGAAUUUGUUGUAGAACAUAAUACAACCUAUUGCUAAUAUAACAUUCAAGUGUACACUACACAUCUCUGCCUCUUAGGAAGAUAGUUACCAGUGUAUUUUCCACUUCCCAUAAUUAAAGCUCAAGAAGAGAUUACACUAAAAUAAAUGGUAAUUUUAUAUAAAGUGCAGCUUUGUGUGUUGUUUCUCAGUAACUCCAUAUAUUUUAGGCCUUGUUAGCUAUUUCCCUCUGAUCAUGUUGCAUGGCAGAGUAAUAAAUGAAGCUACAUAACAACAACAGCAGCAUGCAUCUGAUAUUACAAGUAAUCAGCUGUCCCCUAUAAGUAUAAGCUGGCCCAAUGUCUUAUAUCUUUAUCUGGAUAAAAUAA